AUGCUCUGUCUCUGCGUGUGCUUGCGUCGGAUGCAGCGGUAUAAAGAGCGCGCGUGUUCUCUUUUGCUUGAAUGGUAAAUUGUUCGAAUGGGUAAACUGGCAAGAUAAAACACCUUCAAACGAUAAACUUUAACUCUAUGAUGGUUAAAUUUAACAGUUAAUCCGCGAAUCUCAUGCGUGCCGCACCGUGGAGUUGAUGGCGUACGGUUCACGGAUAUACAGUAGACAAUUUUUUUUUUUUUUUGGAUGCCAUUAAUCGAUUUGACAUCACAAAUUUUUAUCUUAUGUUUAGUGAGGAAAAAAUAAUAAUAAUAAUAUGUGGUAUUGCUGAAACAGGACCUAAACAGAGCAUAGCUGUGUGUGUGUUCUGCUCCACAGGAGUGAGCGCGUGACGCUUCAGUGAAAACAAUUCUGCCUCCUUGGAGCUUUGUUGAGGCCCCCUUGUUGAGAAUCACCGUUCCAGAGGAAAACCUGCUUAAAGAGAAACUCCAUCCCCCCAAAAAAGAAAAUUCUCUCAUCAUUUGUUCAGCCUUAUGCCGUCCCAGAUGUAUAUGACUUUCUUUCUUCAGAUGAACACCAACAAAGAUUAUUAGAAAAAGAAUCCAUCUCUGAGUCCAUAUAAUGCAAGUGGACAGUCAUCCAAAAGUUUAGUCUUCAAAAACCUACAAAGCAAUCACAACGGUAAUCCAUACAACCUGAGUGGAUGAAUCAAUGUCUUAUGAAGUGAAAAGAUAGAGAUUUUCACAGCUCUGUAGAUACGUGCACCUGAAACAUGAGCAUGUUUAGAGUCUUGAUAUCUGCAGCAGCUCUUCUUACAAGUGAAGGGCUAUCUGUUCAAGGACCUGCUCAGCCUCUGGUUGCUCAACUUGGGGGUUCCAUCAUACUGCCCUGCUCUGUGGAAACCCCGUUAUCCAUGGAGGAGCUGGAGGUCGAAUGGAAGAGGACAGAUGAAGAGGCAUUAGUGCACUUGUUUCAGAAUGGAGAGGACAGACCUGAGGCUCAGCAUCAGUCUUACAGGGACAGAGCACAUUUUUUUUCUGAGCAGAUCUUUAAAGGAAACUUCUCAAUCCUGUUGGAAAAUAUAACAGUUGCAGAUACUGGUAUCUAUAGAUGUGUAGUUUUCUCUUACCAGAAUGUUGGAGAGAUCUCUGUUACAAUUCAGCAUGUGGAGCGUGUAGUUGUGACCGCAGAAGAUCCAACAGUAUCUGCACGUGUUGGUGAGGAUGUUGUUCUAAACUGUAUGGUGGACUCGCAUAUUCCUCCUGAGCGCAUUGACGAGGUCUCAUGGAAGAAGGUGGACAAAAAGCCAGACAUCAUCCCUGUGUUGCUUUUCCAAAAUGGAACGAUAUUUCCAGGAUCGUCUCACAAACGUUACAGAGACAGAGCAGAGUUCUUCAGACAAGAAAUUCUCAAAGGUAACUUCUCAAUGAGACUAAAAAAUGUCCAGACUGCCGACAAGGGAGAAUACAUGUGUGAAGUCCACACAGAGAAUUCAGUGAGCUCUGCAACUGUGGAGUUUGGGCGGUUGGGGAUGUCUGCUCUGCACAUCAUUACACUGAUACUUUGCUUUAUUUCCCUCUUGUUGACUUUCGUAUUAAGUAUUCCAGUCACAGUCUAUAUAAGCAAAAAAGAUACUGGCCCAAAACGAAUGUACAUGAAUUAUUUGCUGGUUGUCUGUCCCAACAUCUGUUUGUCUAUUGCAUUUGUUCUGUGGGGAGUUAUUGAAGGGUCUGUAGUUGAGGUAACAAUGUGUGCGACAAUUAAUCUGAGUCGGAUCAUUUUGUUAUUUCUUAUGGCCCCAUAUUUCAAUUGGAAUACUACUGUUUCUGUUAAUUUUCCAGGUUUCAUCCACAGAAUGAUUGAAUUUGUAGCGAUUCCCAUUGCAUAUCUUCUGAUUUCCACAGCAUUUUGCUCAGCUGUUCUUCAUGAUCUCAGGAAUACAUCUCAGUGGACUGAAGUUGUUCUUGUCAGUGUUGGGAUUAUUCUGCUGUCAUCCAUGCCUGCAGUUUUUCGAGCCUUAAACAACGUUUGCUUCACACGAUUUUUUGAUAUACAUUUGUCAGUGCGAUUUAUUUUAGAGUCGUUAGGACACGUUCUCAUGCAGUCAAGCAACUUUCUUCAAAUGCGUCUUCUCUUCUAUAAAUCAUCAAGUGUUGAUGAAUCCAUGAUCAAAAUGACAUAUGCCUUUGGGGGAAUUUCUGCAGCCAUAUCAUUAAUAGUUCUUCCAAUUCCAGCAAUUCGCCAGUACCUUUGUUCAAAACUAGGCACAUAUCAACUUCAUGCGCUUAUAUGGAGAUGUUAUUUAGUUUGGGUAAACGUUAUGGUUGUUACGCUCAUCGGGCAUAGUGCAUUUAUUGUAUAUUAUCUCAACAAGAUUCUGGAGUAUACUAACGAGCGCUUUGGAUGGAUCUUUGUCACAGUUAUGCUCCAUGUCUUGACUGCAAUUUCCCCCACACGAUUCUCCAGAAAAGUUCCCGAUGUAAUUUACACUACUUUGUUCAUGUAUGGGGUGGCAGGUCUACCAGUGGUCAACUCUGUUUCUCUUGCCACAGAAUUAAUAUUGCAAGUAUACAAGGGGGAGAGAACAGUGGAUGAUCUGCGUGUAAUAGUGCUGGCGUUUGAAAGCAUUAUGCCUGGUGUGUGGCUGGUUUUACAGAUCCAUGCAUACUGGGCAGUUGCCGGGAGAGACGUACAGAAUGAGCUGUAUGCGCUGAGGGACUUUGCGGCACAGUGUACACCACAGCAAGGAGAUAUUGGUGAAUCAGAUUUUUCAGAGAAUCAACUUUCUGAGAUCCAAAGAUGUCAGCAAGAGGCAGCACCAUUCCUGGGAGAGCCAGAUCUAGGGGUUUAAAUCUUUUAAAGAAGAACGUAACACCAUGUAUGAUGAGCUAAUGUUACCCUACCUAUGCUAACUGUAUUUAAUUCAAUUGAAAAAGUAUGCAUUGUACAAUUUGUUUCAAUCAAUAAUAAUUUUCAUACUUUGGCUAAUGAAUUGUAUGUAGUGAAAACACUGCUUAAUCUUGUUUUCUGUUUACACCUUCAAAUUGUUAACUUUAUUGUUAUUGUUUAUUCCCAUAGUAACAAGCUGACUGCAUAGAUUUCUUUAAAAUAC